GAAUAUUAAAAUCCAGAUUAAGAUUGUUGAUGAAACGUCAAGACGAAAAGGAUUCAAAUGCUUGUAAAGAUAAAGAUCUAGAUGAGGAUACAGAUGAAAAAGUUGAUUCUUCUUGUAAAGGUGCUGAUGCAGAAAAUUCAUCUGAUGAAGACGCAGAUAAGAACAUAGAUGAAAUAGAUUUUUCUGAUGAAAAUGCAGAUAAGGACAUGGAGAUUUUUUUUGAUAGCAACGAGUAA